AUGUAUAUAUAUAUAUAUAUAUAUAAUGAACAUGAAGCUUAUGUUUAGGGUAGGAAAUGUACAUAAGUUCAAAUUCCCUUUGGUUAUGUUUACUUUUAUCUUCUCAAUGAUUUUUAGGACUACAAUUGAUCACUCUCUUAUUGGUAUAUGUACAUCCUGUGUGUAUUGCAUUGAUAUAGUAUUAAUUCACAAGCUUGAUAAAGCAAAGAUGGAUAGUGGCUAGUAGUGGAGUUUAGGACACUUGUUUUAUCCUAUUUGGGACUCGUCAUCUGGAUAUACCUGUAUCUCAGAUUUGAUGUUUACUCUGGGAUUCGAACUCAGUACCGUUCACUUUAAAUACCAUUGCAGCAUUAUCCACUUAGCUACUAAGUCUUCAUAAUCACUUGUUUAUACAAUAGAAUGAACUUUAAAUUCACUUGAUAUUGUUUGCUUGUAUCAUCACCACUGAUAACUAUCAUAUUUGGAAUUGAAAUUUCUAAAUGAUAGAUUAAUGUAUAGAAUUGAUUGAUCUAAAAUUCUAUUGGCUAAUAAGUUGGUCAAAUGAUUAAAUAAUACAUGAAUUUGAUUGGUCCAAUUAUAAGUCGAUUUAUGAUUGGUUGAAAUAUAAUCUAUUUAAACUUUAUACAUUCCAUCUGUUGAUUAUUAGAAUGCCAAAAAUCGUCAAAGGUGGUGAUGAUGAUUUUGGCAAUGAUAAUGGUAAUAUGAGGGGUUUAAUCACAUAUAUCCUUCAUUAUAUCGAUGUGUAUACAAGAUAGAGAUUCAUGUAAGAUUAUGGUCAAUCAUAAAUUAACAGAACAUUGUAAUUGACAAUAAUGGAAUUGCAUAUUCCAACAAAUUCAUUAAUUAUGGAUUAUGAAAAUGAUGAUUUAAAAAGUAAUUUUUCUAUUAUUUAUUCCCAUGAAGAAAAAAUCAAUAAUCAAUCAAUUAUACAUGAUGAUAUGAUUGAUAAUUUACAAGAUGAAAUGAAUUCUGAAUUAUUACCUAAUCAUGAUAAUUAUAAUCAUAAUGAUCGUCGAAAAGAGUCAACAAUGAUAAAUCAAUCAUCAUUAAUGUGGCUUGAUGAUUCAUUAGAUACAGAUAUUAUACCAUUAUCUGGUUUAAGUGAAUUAUCAUCUUAUAGUAUACCAAUUCUAUCAAAUGAUACUUCAGAAAAUGAUGAUUCUAAUUGGAGUAUAUGGUUAAAGACAUGUUCAUCUCAAUCACCAGCUACAGAUAGGAAAGCAAACAAAUUUAAUAUAAAUUUAUUAGAUGAAGAUUUUUCUAUACAUCAUCAAGAACCAGAUUAUGCACAUCAUAGGCAUCAUUCAUAUUAUUAUCAUCAUCAUCAUCAUUUCCAUCAUCAUCAUUGUCAUCAAUAUGAUCCAUGUCAAAAUCAGAGUAUAGAUAAGGAAAUUAAUUUAACAAAUGAAGAAUCAUUGAAGAAAGCAGAUGAUACUGAUAAUCAUAUUGAUGAUGUUGGACAACAGCAACAACAACAACAACAACAAUCACGUAGGGAUUCAUUAAUCACUGAAGUUACAGAGAAAAUUGAUUCAUUUCAAAGUGAUACUGAUAAUCUCCCUCAUUUCCGGGAUAAAUAUCCUCAUCAUCAUCAUAUUCAUUAUCACCAUCAUCAUCACCAUCACCACCAUCAUCAUCAUCACCAUAAUAAUAAUAAUAAUAAUAAUAAUAAUAAUAAUAAUAAUAAUAAUAAUAAUAAUAAUAAUAAUAAUAAUGAAGGUCAACAAUCCCCUCUCAAUGAACUUAUUAAUUCCAUUGGUGAAUGUAAGAAAUGUCAGUCAUUUGAAUCAAAACGUCAUAUGACAAUAGAUAAAGGUACUAUGGAUGAUUUCAAAAAUGAUGAUCAUGAUUUUAUGAAAAUUAUUGAUCAUUUAGAAGAAAUGUUCAAUUUAGAAUUGACUGAUAUUUGGCAUUCAUCGCAUAAUCGUGUCAUUCAAUGGUUAAAUGAUAAUACACAAUCAAUAAUGUCAACAUUAAAAGACUAAUUACCAAUGUAUUCUUUCAGUAGAUCUUAUUUCUUUAUUUAAUAAUGAACAUGAUUGUAUUCCUCACUUUAUAUAUUUGCAUUUAAUUAACUACUUAAAUAUUAUUAGUAAGUAGUAUUGAAUAAUAAUGGAAGAUUGAACAAUAAACAUGAAUAAUAAUUAUAUGUAUAUAUAGUAAUAGUUUAUCACUGUUUACAUUGUUAUUCAUAAAAAGUGAUGAUCUGAAAACAAACAUACCACCAAAUUGUAUAUGAUAAUACAUAGUUAUAUGAGAUGAUGUCAAAGAUUUUUUAGUUCAGAUAGAUGAUUUUGAUGAAGUUUUGUUCUUUGAGUUGAAUGGUUUUUGGUUAUAGAGUUUUCAUCAUCCUUCUGAACGAAAUCAUCAGCAGUAGUACAAACUUCAUGUAGAAAUUAUGCUUAUGAAUGACUAUUAGCUUUAUCAUUCAUAUAUGUAAAUAAUCUAUAUAUAGUUAGAU